GGCCCAAAAGAUAUGAAAGUAGUUCUGGUUCUCGGUUCUCCUACGACAGCCACUGGAAGAUUAUCUAUUACAAUUCAUAAAAUUAGCCUGUAAUUUUAUCCAGUGAAAACAAAAUCAUUCGAAGCUCUAGUUCUCUCCAUCUGAAGCUCCAAUCCAUGGCUCCAACCAUCUAUACAAAGUUUCAUACCAAUCUGCAACCCAUCUCUUCAUCUCUGUUCAAAACCCAGCGAACUUCAUUCACAAUGGCAAGCACUUCAAACGAGAGCCAUCAUCUCAACCCUCAACAAUCCUCAGUCGGCAAAAUCAAACGCCUUGUUCUCACCCCAGAAGGCAGAACCAAACUGAACACAUACCCAGACAGAGACUUCUACUUAUACCCACGAUUGGUGACCCAUGUCGACGAUGGCUUCAUUUCUACACUCACCAGUCUUUACAGGCAGAGGUUGAGGCCUGAGAUGCAGAUUCUUGACCUCAUGAGCUCUUGGGUUAGCCAUCUUCCCAAUGAUGUCAAUUACACAAGAGUGGUGGGGCAUGGGUUGAAUGCUCAAGAGCUGGCCAGGAAUCCCAGACUGGACUACUUUGUUGUGAGGGAUCUGAACGAGGAUAACAAGUUUGGAUUCGACAGUUGUUGUUUCGAUGCAGUGUUGUGCACUGUUAGUGUGCAGUAUCUGCAACAACCUGAGCAGGUUUUCGCGGAGGUGUUUCGAAUACUCAAGCCAGGAGGAUUGUUCAUAGUGAGUUUUAGUAACAGAAUGUUCUAUGAGAAAGCCAUAAGCGCGUGGAGGGAAGGCACUGCGUACAGUAGGGUACAACUUGUGGUACAGUACUUCCAAAGCGUCGAAGGUUUCACAGAGCCUGAGGUUGUUCGUAAGUUUCCUUCUAAGGACGAUGCCAAGGAGAGCAAUUCCCCUGUGGGUUGGAUCAUGAAGCUUUUAGGACUAAUGUCUGGGCUAGAUCCCUUCUAUGCAGUCAUUGCUUACAGGAAUUUCAAACCCAUACAUGACUGAAUGAAUGUGAAGCUCUGCAUCUGUGGGAUUGCUCACGUGUUUGGAUUAAAAUUUGCAAAACUACAUUUUCUAAAUUUUGAACUGAAAUUUACCAAAAGUCCAAAAGGAAUUAUGAUUUGCAGGUAUAAGACUGGCAUUUUAUUGUACCUUCUGCUUGGCAAACUGAGCCUAAAAAGAUAGCUCAACAACAGUUAGGGCAAAACCCUUUUGGACAGCAAAUCCGGAAUCCAACAAGCAAAACGUCUACGGAUAGAAAUGGGGUCUGAUGGUAUUGGUCGCUGUUCUAAGUUCGUGUGAAUGUCAUGGGAGAGGAUUACUUUCCUUGUUUUAUCGAGCAAGUUGGGAAUAAAAAUGGUAGACAUGAGUGCCCUUUUUAAAAAGGGAAUGAAUCAAGUGCAAAACUUGAGCAUAAACAUUUUGUAUUCCACAGAGAAAUUAUUUUAAAGCUAAUUAAUGAAAAUCGUAAUUAAUUACUAUCACAUUAGGCAGGUAACCAUAGGAAGAUUCAGUUU